GCGCACCACGCACCUAGUAUAGGACGGAAUCCAACCCGGUCCAGUAAGGCGCAGCGCUUAACCAGUCAACUUACCCUUCUCCCUCUCUCUCUGUACGCAAAGCAAAUUCUCGAACCGCCAAAGCUUCCACCUUCAACAAAACCACGCCAAGGGAGCCCCGCCGUCAAUAAAAACCAAGACAAGCCGGAUCACUGAAACUCGCUAUGUCGAAUCGUUAUACGUUGGAUUUCGGCGUUUCUGCUAAGUUCCUUCUUUUUUGGAUUUUGCUCAGCUUCUUUUCAGAAAGUGUAUCAUCGAUGGUAGUCACACUGGAUUCGAUUGAGAUAUUCAAUACACACGAAUGGUUAAACUCUAAACCGGAGAUUUAUUUUCAGUGUAAAGGAGAGAACAAGACUGAAUUACCAGAUGUUAAGAAAGCACAUGUUCUGUAUAAUUUCAAUGGGGAAGAAUCUUGGCAGCCUCUGAUAGAGCUUCCCGAUAAGAAAUGCAAGAGAUGUGGAUUCUACGAGAAGGACUCCUUAAAAUCUGACGAUGUAUUUGAGGAAUGGGAGUUUUGUCCUUCCGAUUUCAAGGCUCCUUAUGGCAAAUACGCACGAUUCAAGGAGAAGGAAUUCAAUGCCACAUUUUCUUGUGUACAGUGCGUCACUGUUGAUGCAGCUGCUUCAAAUUCUGAUUCGGGUUCCCACAGUAGAGGGAAGGGAAUGCACAUUGUCCUGGUGAUUUUGAUAAUUUCUCUGGUUACAACUGUAUUGGUUCUUGGUGCGGUGGUUGCAUACAAGUAUUGGCAAAAGAAGAGGAGGGAGCAAGAGCAAGCUAGGUUCCUGAAACUCUUUGAAGAUGGGGAUGAUAUCGAGGAUGAACUGGGUCUUGGCACCGUAAUAUGACAAAUGAAUGUCAUGGGCUCGUCAUCUGUACAGUAAGUUGAUGUUACACAGGUGUUUGGGAAAAAAUGAAAAAAAUUGAGUUUUGUGUGCAAUUUUUUAUAUCCUUUUCAACUUUGUGAAUAUACAGAGAAAUAUGGGUUACAAGAAUAACAUUACAAUUAGCAUAUGGUUCAGGGUUAAUAAUCUCUCAGAGCAAUUGUCCUCAACUAUAGCAGAAUGUAAAUUGUUGCAGUUUUAAAUGAAAGAUUCAUAUUCGUCAAUCUGUUAGGUUUCA